CCGCUCCACUUCUGCUGCGCGCUAAACGCAGCUCCUCUGACCAAAACCAGACACACAAGGCACCAGGGAAGCAUUGCUGCUGGGACGGGACGCAUCUGAUCCCGAGCAAAAAGCUGCUUCUGUUUAUUCCGAGGAAUGUGGCGCCGCUGUUGGUGUCCUCUGACGUUAACAAGCCCAGUUCAAAGCAAACGCUGCAACGUCGCACCGUCUGCCGGUGAGGUCACUGUGGCACAAAGCAAAGCGACCUGCGCGGACACGCAACGGAGAUUCCGUCACAUCACAGCGGCUUUGUUCGCGCGCUGAUUGACUGCUUGGUUUAGGAUUCGAUUUUUUCCAGUAGAAUCUUAUCGAUUAUUGCAAGUCAGAAAGGCUCGCGCUGAUGGAUCUUGGAUAAGUAGUUAUUGAUGAACAGAGCGGGACUACAGCAGCGGAACCCAGAGGAGAAAACGAGAGCGCGUCCAUAACGAACACAUCUGAUUAAAUAAAACAACACAUAUUGACUUGGUCCUCAUUACAGUUAAAGGACUGAGGUGAAACUAUGGCUUUGGUCCUAUCAAUGAACCCCUUUUGUGAGCCUGAAUCCGAAGCCCCGCCGUCAAUCUACCAACCGAUCUGGGAUUCUGAGCAUUGCAGUAAAAGCUGUAUCUCCACCCCCUCACCACCAGGGGGUGACACCCAAGGGCUCAUUGAAGAGCCCAAUUACAGACGAGCUCCUGAUCAUGUGAUGGAUCGUGUGGCCCUAUCACGGAUCUCUUAUUUCAAAAGGAAGUUUGUGGAGGAUGAAGAACCUGUACUGAGCUUCAGGAGUUACUGUCACACUCAGGUGUCACCGGUCUUGGAGGAGCGUGCACACAUUCUCCGUCUCUCUCUCGAGAAGCUGCGUUUCAUGGAUGACCCCGAGUCCUUCUUACGACGCUCAGUGCUCAUCAACAACCUUCUCCGUCAUCUCAGAAACGAAAUCCUCCUCCAGAGUGACUGGUGCUUCCCAUCAGGUCCCACAGCAACACCUUGUCCCCUCCAAACCCCUGCCACAAAUACUCUUCCCUCUCCUGCCCUGCAGCCCUGCAUUACGCCUCCCGGGCCAUACCGCAAACGCCUGCGUCUGCUGAGGCGGGAAGGUCCAGAGUGUGUCCCAGCCUGCUGCUGUUUAUACGCAGCCGGCCGUUACCUCCAGCUCCCUCUGUCUGUGUACGAACGGGACGUAUACUCCAACUCUCACCCUUCUUCUUCAUCAUCGACUUCAGUAAGAUUUCCACAGCUGCUGGAGGAGGAUGAGGAGGAGGACAGUGAUGAAGAAGAGGACUCUGUGUGUCCUAUGUUGGCUCUGUGUCAAGCUGAAACCAGAGAGCAGAACAGGACGUGGGAUGGUCUGCAGCCGCAGAGCCACAGGGAAGACAAGACCCUGGAGAAAGAGAGAGAAAAGGGGAAGGAGAGGGUUAGAGGAGGGGAGGUUUCACAGCAGUGGCUUUCAGACGCUAUAGGUUCUGGACACCAUGGGGCUCUCGCCAGGGCACACGUGAGGGGAAAAUAACAACAGAACACUUGCUGUGGAAACAAAGGAAGAAACUGGUUUCCAGCAGCCUUAUAGAUCCAUUAUACGAACCAGAAUAUAACGUUUUUGAAUUUUAAGGCGCUUUUUGUACAUCUUUACGCAACACCACAAAUCAAAAGGGACAGCGAAUUCACAUAUUGCUCGUCUCUUGCGAAAACUACCAUACUGUGCCUUAAAUGUUCUUGUUUAAUCUGUUUGAUGUGUUCGUGGAUAUUUGUGACUGAACCAAUCAACAAAGUAGUAUGGAAGCGUGUUUCCAUAAACUCACAAUUCUGAGAAGAAAAAG